GUACAGUUCAGAGUUUGUGGUUGCAGCGAGAAGCUCCGGUCCACUCUUCACGAAAGCAUUAAAUCAUUUCUUCUCCAAACGCAGCGAUUCGUUUGAUCUCCGAGUUCAAGGUGGAGUGACGUCUGCCUACAGAUACUUGUUAAGUUUAAAGAUCACAUCCCAAAUGGCACCCAUCAGGGGCAUUCUUACUCUGCAAAGAAUGGCAUUGGUUUCACGUCAAAGCAAAAAGUGGGGCCCAGGCUGUAGAGCUUUUAGCACUCAGGCUGCAACAACUGCAAGUGCUUCACAGCCUCCACCACCUCCUCCACCUCCAGAGAAAACCCAUUUUGGUGGCCUGAAAGAUGAGGACCGCAUCUUCACCAAUCUUUAUGGGUUGCAUGACCCAUUUCUUAAAGGUGCCAUGAAAAGGGGCGACUGGUACAGGACCAAAGACAUAGUACUCAAGGGUUCUGAUUGGAUUGUAAAUGAAAUGAAGAAAUCUGGCCUCCGUGGACGUGGUGGUGCCGGUUUUCCAUCUGGCCUCAAAUGGUCCUUCAUGCCAAAAGUAUCUGAUGGCCGUCCUUCCUAUCUUGUUGUCAAUGCUGAUGAAAGUGAACCUGGAACAUGUAAAGACAGAGAAAUAAUGCGGCAUGAUCCACACAAACUAUUAGAGGGCUGCUUGAUUGCUGGGGUUGGAAUGAGGGCUACUACUGCUUACAUCUACAUAAGGGGUGAAUAUGUGAAUGAACGUAAAAACCUUGAAAGGGCCAGGAAAGAAGCUUAUGAAGCUGGAUUACUGGGCAAGAAUGCAUGUGGAUCUGGUUAUGAUUUUGAUGUCCAUAUCCAUUAUGGUGCUGGUGCUUAUAUUUGUGGUGAGGAAACAGCACUUUUGGAGAGUCUUGAAGGGAAACAAGGGAAGCCGAGAUUGAAGCCUCCCUUCCCAGCUAAUGCAGGAUUAUAUGGUUGUCCCACCACUGUUACAAAUGUGGAAACUGUGGCUGUUUCACCCACCAUCUUAAGGCGUGGACCAGAGUGGUUUGCUGGUUUUGGAAGGAAGAACAAUGCUGGGACAAAAUUGUAUUGUGUUUCAGGUCAUGUGAACAAACCUUGCACUGUUGAAGAGGAGAUGAGUAUACCAUUAAAGGAACUGAUAGAGAGGCACUGUGGAGGUGUUAGAGGUGGAUGGGACAAUUUACUUGCAGUAAUACCUGGGGGUUCAUCCGUUCCUCUCCUUCCCAAGCACAUAUGUGAUGAUGUCCUGAUGGAUUAUGAUGCACUCAAGGCUGUCCAGUCGGGGUUGGGGACUGCAGCUGUGAUCGUGAUGGAUAAGUCUACUGAUGUCGUGGAUGCAAUUGCAAGGCUGUCUUACUUUUACAAGCAUGAGAGCUGUGGACAGUGUACACCAUGCAGGGAGGGAACAGGCUGGCUAUUGAUGAUGAUGGAAAGAUUGAAAGUUGGGAAUGCAAACUUGGAGGAGAUUGACAUGCUUCAGGAAGUGACAAAGCAGAUUGAAGGGCACACAAUCUGUGCAUUGGGUGAUGCAGCUGCUUGGCCUGUUCAGGGUCUUAUCAGGCAUUUUAGACCAGAACUUGAGAGAAGGAUCAGGGAGCGUGCGGAGAGGGAGUUGCUGGAAGUGGCCGCUGCUUAAGUAUUUUAUGCAGGGAAACACCGGAACUGGUGGGUAAUGUGGAAUAAAAUGAAGAACAACAAAUGUUAGGAGCGGAAGGCAACUCCAGGCAUCUGGCUGUCGAAUUGGUAUUUCGUUUAUUUCCUCCCCUGUAUAACCUCUGUGACUCACUCUUGGAGUGAUUAGCACUACUCCAUAAUGUUGCAAAUCGGGGAUAAUUUGAGUUAUUUCUUCUGUUUGUGAUUAUACCACCAUUGAAACUUGCCUUUCGACUCAUUUUGAGGAACUUUGCUCUAGUAAUUUGUUUUUCUUUAUGUGAAAUGCUGAUCAUGUUUCUGGUUUAUCAAUAAAACAUAGUUGUAUGUUGCAGCUUUGAGGUUA